GGAAUCAUGCUAAAUAGCCAAUCUAAGCCAAAUUGGCGACAGUUUCAAAGACAGUUCCAGGCGAUAGUUCUUAGAGAGAACCAAGGAGAAGAGAGAGUUUGGUUUUGAAGCAAGGGAAAGGCUUAUAGGAAGUUAGCCUUUCUUUGCAACAUCAUUGAAUGAAUCAUGUCUCUUCAGGAGUCUCACCCAUCUUCUGAUUCAAUUAAUUGAGCUUUCUCUGAUAGUGAGAAGGCAGGAUUAGCCACCAGGAAGGUUGGAAAGGGAUGAAUAAAAUUUCAAAGCUCUUUCUGCUGUUUUAUGUGCUUGGAGGAGGCCUUCAAGUUGGUCAUGGAGAUGUAUCUGCUGGAGAUGCUGUGGUACUCCGAUCUUUGAUGGACAACUGGGAGAACUCACCCCCAACCUGGGGGAAGACUGAUGAUCCAUGUGGUGCACCAUGGGAAGGAGUUGAGUGUGCAAAUUCUAGGGUGACUGCACUGAAACUAUCUACUAUGGGACUCAAAGGUACAUUAAGCAGCGACAUAUCCCAACUCUCUGAACUGCGACUGCUGGAUCUGUCCUACAAUAAUGAUCUUGGUGGACCACUACCUCCAAGUAUAGGAAAUCUGAAGAAGCUUAUCACCCUGAUCUUGGCAGGUUGCAGCUUUUCUGGCAUUAUUCCACAAGAGCUUGAUGGCUUGGAGCAACUCUCGUUCUUAGCUCUGAAUUCAAAUAAGUUCACUGGAAGAAUACCUCCUUCAAUGGGUCUGCUCUCCAAUCUAUACUGGCUUGAUCUUGCAGACAAUCAGCUUAUAGGAUCUAUUCCUAUCUCAUCAAACGGCUCCUCUGGCUUGGAUCUUCUCAUUAAUGCUAAGCAUUUUCACUUUAACAAGAACCAGUUAUCAGGCACCAUACCAAGUGAAAUUUUCAGUUCCCAUAUGAAACUAAUACAUCUACUCCUAGAUUCCAACAAAUUUACUGGGCAGAUCCCAGAAUCAAUCGGGCUUGUAACUUCGCUCGAGGUUCUACGACUUGAUAGAAAUUCUCUAAGUGGCCCUGUUCCUUCUACCAUAAACAAGCUUGUAACUGUCAACCAGCUGAACUUGGCCAACAAUCAGCUAAGCGGACCACUGCCUAAUCUGACCGGGAUGAACCUCCUCAACUAUGUGGAUUUGAGCAACAACACAUUUGACUCCUCAGAAGCGCCAGACUGGUUCUCCACAAUUCAAUCGUUGACUGCUUUGGUGAUAGAAUCUGGAGGGCUUUAUGGUAGUUUUCCAUCCAAAAUGUUCAGCUUUCCUCAGCUACAACAAGUAUUAUUAAAGAAUAAUGCAUUCAAUGGUACCCUUGAUUUGGGUGAUUCUAGCUCAGAAUUAGAGAUGGUGAAUCUCCAAAACAAUGCCAUCUCUGGGUACAGUUCAUCCAGAACUUACAAUGAAAGUUUAAUACUUGCUGGAAAUCCAGUGUGCACAACUCAGCUAGCAAAUUCCAUCUAUUGCAACCUACAACAGCAAAUGCAAAACCACUAUCACACAAGCUUAGGAAACUGUAACUCUACUUCAUGUUCCCUUCAGAGUGUCAAUCCUAAGAGUUGUGCAUGUGCUUCUCCUUAUCAGGGAUUAUUGGUGUUCAGGGCACCAUUAUUUCGAGAUCUGAUAAACAGCACAAGGUUCGAAGGAUUAGAAAGGUCCCUUUGGAGUAAUCUGGGCCUUUCUCCAGGGUCAGUGUAUCUAUCACAACUUAUCUUCAACGAGAAUAAUUAUCUGGAAAUGCAGUUGAAACUCUUUCAUCCAAAUGAAAUGUUCUUCACACGGUCAGAAGUUCAAAAACUCGGAUUUUCUCUAAGCAAUCAAACUUACAAACCUCCAGCUGAAUUUGGACCAUACUUUUUCAUUGCCUACCCAUAUUCCUUUCCAGACAGCAAUGAAGGAAAAAACUCAAUGAGCGCGGGUCUUAGAGCUGGAAUUGUGGUUGGUUGUAUCAUUCUACUCAUUCUGCUUGUAGCUCUUGCAAUUUAUGCCAUUGGGCAGAAGAAGAGGGCAGAGAGAGCCGUUGAAAAAUCGAAGCCUUUUGCUUCAUGGGUAUCAGCAACCAAAGAUAGUGGCGGGGCACCACAACUUAAAGGAACAAGAUUGUUUUCUUUCGAUGAACUCAAAAAGAGCACCAAAAAUUUUUCAGAAGCCAAUGAAAUUGGUUCAGGAGGCUAUGGCAUGGUCUACAAAGGCAUACUAUCAAGUGGGGAACUGGUUGCAGUUAAAAGAGCUAAAAAAGGAUCCAUGCAGGGUGGACAUGAAUUCAAGACUGAAAUUGAACUUCUUUCUAGGGUUCACCACAAAAACCUAGUUGGCCUUGUUGGCUUUUGUCUUGAACAAGGCGAGCAAAUGCUGGUGUAUGAAUACAUCCCUAAUGGAACGCUACGGGAGAGCUUAACUGGGAAAAGUGGCAAAGAGCUGGACUGGGUCAGGAGACUUCAAAUUGCUCUUGGCUCAGCUCGAGGAUUGGCCUAUCUUCAUGAACUAGCAAAUCCUCCAAUAAUUCAUAGAGAUGUCAAGUCCACCAAUAUACUCUUAGAUGAAAGUUUGACUGCAAAAGUUGCAGAUUUUGGUCUCUCAAAACUCGUUUCAGACAGCCAGAUGGGACAUAUAUCCACCCAAGUCAAGGGAACAUUGGGUUAUUUAGAUCCAGAAUACUACAUGACUCAGCAGCUGACAGAGAAGAGUGAUGUUUAUAGCUUUGGAGUGGUAAUGUUGGAACUGAUUACGGCCAAACGGCCAAUAGAGAAUGGCAAAUACAUUGUUAGGGAAGUAAGAUUGGUUUUUGAUGUCAUGAAUGAAGAUUAUUGUGGCCUUAGGCACAUGAUUGACCCAACAAUUACAAAUACUAAUCUGAUAGCAUUCAGGAGGUUUGUAGAGCUUUCCAUGAAGUGUGUUAAUGAUGCCGCAGCAUAUCGGCCAACUAUGAAUGAGGUGGUGAAAGUGAUUGAGACAAUCCUACAAAAUGAGGGACUGAAGACAAAUUCAAAUCCUGCAACUUCAUCUGUUACCGACAUUGGGUACACUAAGGGUGCUUUUCACUCUUACAUUGAUUCACUACAGAACUUGAGCUGCAAUGCCUUCGAAUACAGUGGUGGUUUCUUGUUUGCCCCAAGAGUUGAGCAAUGUAGCGAGCUUAUACCUUCUUUUUUCUUUUCUUAAUUUUCUUUACUUCGAUAUAGAUUUUGUUUUUUCAUAAGUAGUAAAGAGUCUAGGCUGACAAUUGUAUUUUAUCAGGCCAUAUCUACUCCCUAUCAAGUCGCUCAUUAUUCUUGUUUAACUGCCUGUUACAGGAGCUUGUUUUAUUUAAACCAAAUAUGGUUCAUAUAAGGUGUAAGAGAGGAAUGUUACAUCAAGUGUUUUCAUUGUUUUUUUUUUUUGAAAGAAAGUCUAAGCAU